CAGGAGUGAGGCUGUGCGAAGCGCCGCAUUUCGAUGAGUAGCGGCCGAGGCGCGUCCCUCCGCUAGCGGCUGCAGCCCAGACGCCCGCGGUCCAGCAGCGGCCGCCGCCCAGUCCCGGCCCCGCCGCCGCCCCACAGCCCCGCGGUCAGGCCGCACCCAGCCCCGCGAAGACAGCACCAGGAGGCGGCCCCGAGCGCGGCCACAAAGACCCCCGGCGGCGUCUCUCCGCAGACCGGUUCAACUUUACCUCCGUCAUGUCCUUCGGCAGAGACAUGGAGUUGGAGCACUUCGAUGAAAGGGAUAAGGCGCAGAGAUACAGCCGAGGGUCGCGGGUGAACGGGCUGCCCAGCCCAACGCACAGCGCCCACUGCAGCUUCUACCGAACCCGCACGCUGCAGACCCUCAGCUCUGAGAAGAAGGCCAAGAAAGUUCGUUUCUAUCGAAACGGAGAUCGAUACUUCAAAGGGAUUGUGUAUGCCAUCUCCCCAGACCGGUUCCGAUCUUUUGAGGCCCUGCUGGCUGAUUUGACCCGAACUCUGUCGGAUAACGUGAAUUUGCCCCAGGGGGUGAGAACAAUCUACACCAUCGAUGGGCUCAAGAAGAUUUCCAGCCUGGACCAGCUGCUGGAAGGAGAGAGUUAUGUGUGUGGCUCAAUAGAGCCCUUCAAGAAGCUGGAGUACACCAAGAACGUGAACCCCAACUGGUCCGUGAAUGUCAAGACCACCUCUGCUUCGCGGGCAGUGUCCUCGCUGGCCACCGCCAAAGGGAGCCCUUCGGAGGUGCGGGAGAAUAAGGAUUUCAUUCGGCCCAAGCUGGUCACCAUCAUCAGAAGUGGAGUGAAGCCGCGGAAAGCUGUCAGGAUUCUGCUGAACAAGAAGACGGCUCACUCCUUUGAACAGGUUCUCACUGACAUCACCGAUGCCAUCAAGCUGGACUCGGGAGUGGUGAAACGCCUCUACACCCUGGAUGGGAAGCAGGUGAUGUGCCUUCAGGACUUCUUUGGUGACGAUGACAUUUUUAUUGCAUGUGGACCGGAGAAGUUCCGUUACCAGGAUGAUUUCUUGCUAGAUGAAAGUGAAUGUCGAGUGGUGAAGUCCACUUCUUACACCAAAAUAGCUUCAUCAUCCCGCAGGAGCACCACCAAGAGCCCAGGACCUUCCCGGCGCAGCAAAUCCCCGGCAUCAACCAGCUCAGUUAAUGGAACCCCUGGGAGUCAGCUCUCUACUCCGCGCUCGGGCAAGUCUCCAAGCCCAUCACCCACCAGCCCUGGAAGCCUGCGGAAGCAGAGGAGCUCUCAGCAUGGUGGCUCCUCCACUUCACUGGCAUCCACCAAAGUCUGCAGCUCGAUGGACGAGAACGACGGACCUGGAGAAGGUGAAGUGCUGGAGGAAGGCUUCCAGAUUCCAGCCACAAUAACAGAACGAUAUAAAGUCGGAAGGACAAUAGGAGAUGGAAAUUUUGCUGUUGUCAAGGAAUGUGUAGAAAGGUCGACUGCUAGGGAGUAUGCUCUGAAAAUUAUCAAGAAAAGCAAGUGUCGAGGCAAAGAGCACAUGAUCCAGAACGAGGUGUCUAUUUUAAGAAGAGUGAAGCACCCCAAUAUCGUUCUUCUGAUCGAAGAGAUGGAUGUACCAACUGAGCUGUAUCUUGUCAUGGAAUUAGUAAAGGGAGGAGACCUCUUCGAUGCCAUCACUUCCACUAACAAAUACACUGAGCGAGACGCCAGUGGGAUGCUGUACAACCUGGCCAGCGCCAUCAAAUACCUGCACAGCGUCAACAUCGUCCACCGUGACAUCAAACCAGAGAAUCUGCUGGUGUACGAACACCAAGACGGCAGCAAAUCGCUGAAGCUGGGCGACUUUGGACUGGCCACCAUUGUAGACGGCCCCCUGUACACCGUGUGUGGCACCCCGACAUAUGUGGCCCCUGAAAUCAUUGCAGAGACCGGAUAUGGCCUCAAGGUGGACAUCUGGGCAGCUGGUGUAAUCACUUACAUCCUGCUCUGUGGUUUCCCUCCAUUCCGUGGAAGCGGUGAUGACCAGGAGGUGCUUUUUGAUCAGAUUUUGAUGGGGCAGGUGGACUUCCCUUCUCCAUACUGGGAUAACGUUUCUGAUUCUGCAAAGGAGCUCAUUACCAUGAUGCUGUUGGUGGAUGUAGAUCAGCGAUUUUCAGCCGUGCAGGUCCUCGAACAUCCCUGGGUUAAUGAUGACGGCCUCCCAGAAAAUGAACAUCAGCUGUCAGUAGCAGGAAAGAUAAAGAAGCAUUUCAACACAGGACCGAAACCGAAUAGCACAGCAGCUGGAGUUUCUGUCAUAGCACUGGACCACGGGUUUACCAUCAAGAGAUCAGGGUCUUUGGACUACUACCAACAACCAGGAAUGUAUUGGAUAAGACCACCGCUCUUGAUAAGGAGAGGCAGGUUUUCCGACGAAGACGCCACCCGGAUGUGAGGAGCCGGUACAAGGCCCAGCCAGCUCCGCCCGAACUCAACUCGGAAUCGGAAGACUACUCCCCGAGCUCCUCCGAGACUGUUCGCUCCCCAAACUCGCCCUUUUAACAAGACCCUUUUACUCGAAGUCCUAGCUUAACCCUUUGAGACUCUGAGAUUUGUUUUUCCAAAUUUAUGUAAAACAGUUUCAUCUGAUCUACCUAGCACUCAAUGCUUGAAUGGCCGAGCAGAACAGUGUGUUUUCUGGUAUCCUUGUAGCGAUUUCCCUUUGCUGAAUGAGACUGUGACUUGUCGUUGGUGGAGAUGGCAACUUGCUGCUAAUCGGGUCCUCAAAGGGUUAAGGCUACUUUGCAGCUUUUUUAAACAUAGAAGCAAUGAAUGUUUUCAUCAGUCAAUCUAGGAUCUGCAGUAUGUAACAUAGCACUUGUUAACCCUCUGAGUGCAUAGGAUUUUAUGGGGAACCCUUGGGGGAUUUUUCAGGCCUUUGGAUUUAUACACACGUUUCUUGACUUUGCUGCAGAUCAAGGGGUUGUUAUUAGAUGCUGAGAUGUCCAGACAAGAAGAGUGUCUAGAAUGAUAUCUUGCGUGUCCUUUUUUGUGGGUUUAGAACAUGGCAGGUUUAUAACUUAAGCAUCAGCACCCCCUCUUUCCUCUUCACAAUCCUAUUAAGAAAGGGGCUUUUUUUGCAUUGGAGGUCUAACUGUCAGCUGCCCUGAGUCCUGCAUCCUGAGUGGAGGGACUUGGGCCUGUGACCAACAGCCUGACCCAGGAUAUAGAUGGUGCCCUCACCCCCAAAUUGCCUCCAUAUGAAGAUGUGCUGAUGACGCCCCAGAAAUGCUGCUUCCACUUCAGCUGCUGCUACUGCCAGCGCAGACCCUCAGGAAGGCACCAUAUCUUGUCCUGUGUUUGGUGAGUGAGAGUCUGCCUGCUCAGUAUGAGACCUCUACAGGAAAAAACAAACAAAACACACAACUGGUGGAAAAGAGCAAUAAAUUGCCAGGUGCUCUAUAGGGCUGGAAUGUCAAACAGAAAGAGGCAACAAGAUCCUGUUCUUUUUCUCACCUGCUUUUUCAUGCAUUUCAGUCUUCAGUGUGCAAUCCACAUAGAGUAUGGAAUCCGUAAAAAGGAGGAGCACCGGGUCACAGGGGCCCAGAGGCAGGUGCUCUGCAAGAUGGCCGAGGAGAAAGCAGAGUGGGCAAACAAUCUAGAAUAGUCUCAAAAUGGUUUUUAAAGAAAUAAACCAUUGGGAAGAUAAUUCCAUGUGCAUCUUUGGGUUACCUACAUAAUAGUCUCUCAGGGAGAACAGGAAUGGGAGACCUAGAGGGUAUUCCUGAGGAUAAAACUUCCACUCCCUAAGAUGACUUUUUUUUUUUUUUUUUUUGCGGUACGCAGGCCUCUCACUGUUGUGGCCUCUCCCGUUGCGGAGCACAGGCUCCGGACGCGCAGACUCAGCGGCCAUGGCUCAUGGGCCCAGCCGCUCCGCGGCAUGUGGGAUCUUCCCAGACGAGGGCACGACCCCAUGUCCCCUGCAUCGGCAGGCGGACUCUCAACCACUGCGCCACCAGGGAAGCCCAAGAUGACCUUUUUAUAGCACUGUCUUUAGCCAUCCAGAGGGAGAUGCUGUUUUCUCUCUUUGGGCCAAGUCCUGUCCGACACAUGUAUUUUACUCCUGUUACCAAAUCUUUCUCCCUAGCCCUGUGUCUCCCCCGGUGAGCUUCUACUGCAGUGUGUCACGUUCAGAAUGGGGGCCUGAGGCAGCCUGUAGUCACUGCGAUGCUUAGUGGGGAGGCUGGCCAUGGUGUUGGGAGGCAGGGGCCCGACUCGAAUGUCCUCCUAAGGUUUGCUCAACUGUGUGGCCCGGGAGACAACCAGUGAGUGAUGGCUCAUGAAAUUUGCAUCUAGAUGGCUGAACAGCACUCACUGUCUCGGCUUUGAAAUAUACUUCAAUACCUGAAAGUCUUGAAAUCUGUGUGCAGCACUUCCACAGUCAGUCCUUACUUUCAAAUACAGAUGGAUCUUCGAUGGCUGCUUUUUACUCUCCAACUGAUGAAGGUAUGGUCUAUAUUACUCUAGAUUUUAAAAUCACAGCAUGUCAUGACUUUUGCAAAAUUGUUCCCCCAGUUUUUUGCUCUUUCACAUUUAGGUUUAUCUCUUCGGUCUGUGUUGUCUUGCCAUGUACAUAUUAGAUCAUUUAUUGAGAUCCCCCCCUGCCCCCCACUCCCUUUUAGAGGGUCCUGAAAGCUUAAUACACAACAUCACAAAGUAGCACAAAUCAGCUGGGUUUCUUGGGGAGGAGGAGGGCAGAACACGAGGAAGGGUGCGGCGUGUAGGUAGAUUCCAUAUUAGUAAAGUUCCCUGAACUGGUCAGAAACGACUGCUUUCUCUAGAACUCUAAAGCAAAGCACUAUUCUAAGUAAGACUAAGGAGUAGGUAAAUAGCUUGGCCUUAACUCUAAAUGUGGGAAUAUGAAAAAAUCCUAUGGGCAGAGACCUACCUACAAUAGAUUGUGAAUUUCUCUGAAUUACUGCUUUUCCUGUGGGCAUUACAUGUAUUGCUCCAAUAUCUAGUGUACAGACCUUACAGUGCAUGGCUCAGGCCUUUUUCCAUCCAAGUCUUGAAGGACUGUGGACCGUGUGAAGCUGUGGCGUGUUUCCCAGAACACUGCAGAGGGGUAGCUCGGAAGAAUGCAGGGCCAUUCAGCAUGGGGAUCCCAGUGCAUCGCUGUAGAAUUUGAGCGAUCUAUGCUGAAUAAACAGCGGAAUGUGACCUGUCAAGUAGAAAUAUUGAGUAAUCAGAUGGAAUGCAAUCUUUUCAGCACUAAGCUAUUGAGAUCCUGAAUGUCAGAGAUGUACUCAGAGGGUUAACAGACAAGCACAAGGCAUGCUGAUUACGUGGGUGUACCCAGACUGCUUUUGCUUUUAGCCAGUACUUUCUAUUUUUUUUCACAACAUUCUUGGGAUAGUUCAAGUUUGAAAUAAUUAAGUGGUGGUGUUCUUUAAGGAAUUUCUAUAACCAAAUGAUCUUAUUUUUUAUUUCACUUUAUUAUAGAAUAAACACGUACCAUUACGGCAGUGUAUCUAUCUCUAUAAUUAUCAAUUUAAUCAUUGCCACAAGUGUCUCCAUAUUUUUUUCCCUAAGUAUUUAAUAUAGCUCUUAUGGUGGUGGCCUGGUGAUGGGGACUGGCUUUCCUUUAUUGAUACAUGACCAACCAUAUGGUAUUUUCAAGGGAAUUUUAAGAUUCAUUUUGUUUCAGUUUGGUAGUAGACUUGUUAAGGAAAAAACUUUCAUUACUUGCAUCGUGUAAACCAUCUCUGUAGAUGAGAACUGUUCCUAUUGAUGAACACAUUUUUUUCUCGACAUUGUAGCAGAAAUCAUUUUAUUUGUCAUAAUCAAUGAAUAUGUGAUUUGCUCCAGAUCAUUAGAAGGAAAAGUAAGAUUUCAGUCAUUGAAAAUGUUUUUACUGUAGCCCUUAUCUAACUUACACGUGGUGCAUACUAAAAUAAGCAGAGAAAAAAUUGCAAAUAAACUACUGAAAACGCUUGGUGUUUUGUGUUCAGUGAGACCUUCCUAGAACCUGCUCAGGACCUGCACGGGUGGUGGUGAACAGGCCCAUCAGAUAUUGUUGAAAAAAAGCAAUAUAUCCAUGAAUGAAGGCUAAAAUUGCAAUCCUUUACCCUUUGAGGUAUGUUUCAGUUGGAAAAAAAAAUAGAACAAAAGAAAAAUUGGCUUAGCUUAGAGGGUCACGGAGCUAUCGUAUGACCAAGGCUCAUGUACAUUAAAUCAUGGUUGUUUGCUGGCCAGCAGUGCCCAUUAGACGACUCUAUCCCCUGUGCUGAAAGGCAAUUGUGCUUGAGGGAGAGCUUUCUUAUUAUUGUGUUGCCUGCUAGCCUGUCUCUGGGUCAGGAUCUGUCAGCAUUUCCAUGAUAAACUUCUAAUUUCAAAGGUUUUUAAUUUGACCAUAAAAAGGUGCCCCAGGCUGAAGUUUGCUGUAGAGGGCCUGUUCCAAAGAGUGAAGGUUCGCCGCCUUCUUUUCUCUGCCCAAUUCUCCCGAGAAAAGAACAACCAAAAAAUCAGGUAUGUUCCCUCAUUGUGAAUUCAGAAUUUUAGAAAGCACCAAGAUCCAAGAUGGUAGUUUAAUGUAAUUAUUCAUUUGGAUGUGGGUUUAAAAACAAAUAAUGAGUCACCUGGCAUAUAUUGUAGAUAAUGUAUCUUUUCUAUAAUUUGUAAAUCGUUAAUUUUUUAAACUGUUAUAUGAUUUCAGGGUGGGGCGGGGGGGAAUCCAAUCAAAGAUUUUUUAAAACUUGAAGUUGGUCAGUUCAAGGGUUAGCCUUUCCUGCGUGUUGUCUGCCAUUUCCAUUAAGAGUUUGGGAAAAAUGCUCUCAGACAGACCCUUAUUUUGCAUGCAGUGAUAGAGGGUCAGAUAUAUGCUUCUUUGGGAGAUACGGAUUUCUUUAUUUAAUCAAGUUUCAUGAAGCCAUUCUGGUCUGUUGAGGAAAAUAGUGAUUAAAAGCACUUCCAAAUUAACAUUUUUGUCAAUUCGGAUAUGAUAAGCACGUAAUAUGAUAAUGCACUUCACACUUUCUUGGUUUAAAGACAAAAAAAUCAGCAAAACUUGAGGACACAUUUGAUCACUGCAAAUGUGCUUUAAAAAUUGGCUCAGUGGUGCUUAUACAUGAAACAGUAACAAAUGGGGUCCCUAGGACUGUCAGAAGGAAUCUUCCAUUUGUAUGUAGUUACAUACUUGAGGAGGUGGUGCUUUUAAGGCAGUCUUAUUUUUUAAUCAUCUCAAAUAUGCAACCAUUCAUCCAGUAACAUUAAGGGUCGUAAACUGGUGGGAAACAGGAAAUUCAAUGUAGAAGCUGAGAAUGCCUCUGCGUGGUGUGGUUUUUAUUUUUCCUUUGGAGUUUUUGUUGUUGUCAUUCUCGGGCUUCAACGCUGAAGCUAUGCGAUCAUUUUUCAGUGAGUGAGCCUCUAACCGGCAGGUGUUUUGAUCAUGAGGUUUGCAAUCUCUUGCCCUUGGAGACAAGUGAGAGCUCUAGUUUCAUACCUUUUCAUAAAGGAAGAGCAAUCUCUACAAUUAAACCCUACCUGUAAAUGUCCUCAACAUUCUUUUUUGGUUAACUGAUGUGAGACCCUUAAUGUUGCUUCAGUGUAAAAUUGUAUAUUUUUGUCUGUGAUAUACUUUAUUAACUUAAAGUAAAUAAUAGUUCUAAAAGUCUUCACUGUCGGUAUUAAGAGAAAGUAGGAUCUUAAAAGUGAUGAUAAAGAUGCUAUAAUGUCAAUUCAUUCCAGUCCAAUCGAAUGUGGUAAGAAAAAGACCUUGAAUAAUUCUCUAGGGACAAUUUCUCACUGACCAUUGACAUUAAUUUUUGAUAUAUUCUCAGAAAAAAUAAAAAGAAAUUGAAACUGGUCCAAGGUUAGAGUCACAUCCUCGAUAACUAUUUUUUUUAAAUUUUAUUAGGAAAUUAAUAAUGGUCUUUUUCAAUCUGGCUGAAAGAAAAUUAUUAAAGGAUUAGCUGAGUGUGAAAUUAAAUAGUAUUUUGCUCAUGCAUACUGAAAAGGUGGGCUAGGAACCUGAUGCAUUUAAACAAGUUUCUGAAAGGUUUCAAUUUGGUGCAAGAAAAAAAAACAGUGUUUCCUUCAAAAAUACUGAAUUUAUCAAUUGCUGCAUGGAUCAGAUGGCACAGGUUAAUCUUUGAUUUUCAGAAUCUUAAUGAAAUAACUUUCAAACAAUUUGUAUCCAUGAUUAAAGCUGGAAUGAGAUCCAAUUUUUU